AUGGAAAACACCGACCUCAGAGCAUUCCGCUGGAGAGAGCUCGGAGAUUCUCCAAACUUUCCGAGACCGAAGAAACAGAUCGAACCAGGAAUAAAACCAUGCGUCCCCGAGGACGCCAGCCACAGGACGCCAGCCCCAGGACGCCAGCCCCAGGACGCCAGCCCGAGGACGCCAGCCACAGGACGCCAGCCCCAGGACGCCAGCCCCAGGACGCCAGCCCCAGGACGCCAGCCCCAGGACGACAGCCCUAGGACGCUAGCCCCAGGACGCCAGCCACAGGACGCCAGCCACAGGACGCCAGCCCCAGGACGCCAGCCCCAAGACGCCAGCCCCAGGACGCCAGCCCCAGGACGCCAGCCCCAGGACGCCAGCCCCAAGACGCCAGCCCCAGGACGCCAGCCACAGGACGCCAGCCCCAGGACGCCAGCCACAGGACGCCAGCCACAGGACGCCAGCCCUAGGACGCUAGCCCCAGGACACUAG